AUGCGACUGCACAAGGACUUCUUUGCGAACGAGCGAAAUUACAUUCACUGGCUGCACAUGGGUGUUACCCUGGGGUCGGUGUCAUCCUUGAUCUCAGCUGUCAGUGGACGAGAUGCCCCGGGAGCGCAUCGAUCGUCCAUGCUUGUAGUUUCUACUGUUCUCGUGCUCUGCUCGAUUGUCUUCUCUCUCUAUGCAAUGUACACGUUCUUCUGGAGGAGGAGAAACAUUCGUUCCAUUGAGCCCGGAGCAUAUGCUGCGUAUGUCGACGAGCCUUACGGGCCGCUGGCGCUUUCUGGCGUGCUGCUGGUUACCCUGAUCACGAUCCUGUUCACUGCUUCGAUUCCCAUACAAUCAUGA